UCUUAUGGACUGAUCUCUAGACGAAAAUUUAGACUUUUAAGUUUUCUAUAGAUCUUCUGGAUCUUAUCUAUAUUUAUGUAUGGAGAGAUGCUCGAUCUGAGAUGCAGGCAACCUUUGGUGGAGUUGAAGAGACCGGAGAAGAAACAGCUCAUGGAGAAUAAGAUCAUUGACUCUGUGAUCCAAGAGAUGGAACAAGCGUUCGAUCGCACAGCCAAGCUUCAGUCCCUCGUCGAGCUCGUCGACUGCAGUGAUACGGAGAAGGAGUCGGCCCUGGUCAUCUUAGAGGAGAUACUGCAGUCCUGCAGCGCUACCCGCUCCAUGUUAAACUCCGGUGGGGCUAUUGCGGUACCACGGAAAAACAGCGCGGCGAUUGAGCUUGCAAGUCGAGAUCUGGCUGCGUUUCAUGUUCCACCGCGAAGAGAUCCGAGAAGCUACGAACGAGAAGAAAUAACAGCUACACCUUAUAAUGAUGGUUACCAAUGGAGAAAAUACGGGGAAAAGAAUAUAAAAGGCUGCACCUUCAAAAGGAACUACUACCGGUGCACCUACAGCCAUGAUCAAAGAUGCAACGCAAAGAAGCAGGUGCAACAACAAGACUCUGGCGCCCCAUCUUUGUUCCUUGUCGUCUACAAGGGAGAACACACAUGCACACCAUCGUGGUCUUCUACGGCUGAGGAUGCUCAGCUUAUGGUGCAGGACUUCCCAACAUCAGCUUAUGGUGCAGUCAUGCAGGUGCAGGACUGCGAUGAGCAGCGCUCUGCUCACGGGACAGCAGUAACUCCUCCGGUCGAGCCGUGUCUGCUUCGCUUUGAUUCCUGGGAUCACAGCAAGCGCCUCCCCUCGCACAUGAAUAGUAUGAGAAGAAGCGUCGUCGAAGGAACCACUUUGGGCAUUUCAUCGAGCAAGGUGGAAUCAGAGGCUGAUUCCAUGGAACCACCACAACCAAGCUUGUCAGAUAUUUGUGGCAUCUACUUUGAUACCGUUCUGGAUGAAGUCUCCUCGUCAUGCUCGGUGGGAUUGGACAUGGACUUCUUGGACUUUAGGUUCUGAUGGCAUGGAGCUGAUCGAAGGCCUCCUUAUCUGAUUCAUCAAAAAAUUAUGCAAUAAAAUUAACAUUUGAUCUAGAGAGAGAACCAAUUCCUCCUUCAACUUCCUCCACACGUAAUUUGCAAUGCUGUGUUAUAUUAGAGAUUAGGAUAUUGUUAAUCGUCAAAUUGUGUUCUAAUUAAUAUUCAUAAUGUGCAGAAAGGUGAUUUCUUUUGAUGA